UGCUUGUGUGUGUUUUACCUCACAGAGCCGAUCAAUCACAUCCAGCUCUUUAUCUUUAGUUUUUAAUCUGUUUUAUUAACUUUUAAUAUGUUAAAUAGAUUUUACUAACUGUGUAGCGGUGAACCAGAGUAAAGGCGCUUGACGGCAUCAUGCUGGACGUGUCCCCCCCCCCCUCCCCGUCAUGGAGCGCCUCUCCUCCCGCCCAGCCGUUCCGUUUCCGCGCCCGCACCGAGCCCCUGGACUGGCGGCGCGUGGCGGCCCUGGACCUGGACCGCGUGGUGCGCGAGCUGGACAUCCAGCUGCUGCAGGAGUUCAUCGGCGCCGUGACCUUCUGCGACGUGGAGGGCGAGAGGUGCCCGCAGUGCCGCCGCCCCAUCGACGCCACCCUGCUGAAGGUCCUGCGCACGUCCCAGCUCGGCACCGAGUACCUGCUGCACUGCCAGGACCACCUGAGCUCUCGGGCGCUCCGGCUGGAGGAUCGUCUGCAGGGGGCGCUCUCUCUGCUCCAGCGCCGGGAGGAGGAGCGGGCGCGGCUCCAGAAACAGCUGGACGAGGUCCGAGCGGAGAGCCGGCGCAGGAAGAAGCUCAUCGCUACUCAGCAGCAGCUCCUGCAGACCAGCGCCGGGAACUACCACAAGUGUCAGUUCUGUGAGAAGUGCUUCGUCAAUUACUCCUACUUACAAGCUCACGUUCAGCGCAGACACCCCGAAAUCACCGACGCAGAGAAGCAGAAGAGGAAGCAGGUGGAGCUCAUGGAGGACGGAAUCGAGGAGCUGAAGCAGAAACUCAGGCUCACUCAGACCCAACUCGAAGCGGAAAGAGACGCAGAGACACAUCGCCGGCAGCAGGACCUGGAGGAGCAGCGGAGACGAGAGGCCGCCGAGCGGGAGGAGGUGCAGCGCUGGAAGGAGGAGGAGAGGAGGAGAUUCCAGCAGGACGUCCAGGAGCUGAAACAGCUCUUCAUUCUGGAGCUCAACGACGUGGCCAAUAAGAGCUCCGUCCUGGAGGGGAAGCUGCAGGAGCUGGAGAACAGAGAGCUGAAGGUCUCUGAUCUGAGAGGUGAGGACGAGCAGGAGAAGGAGCGCAGGAACAGAGAGCUGAAGGAGCAGAUCGCUCAGAAGGAGAGUAAGUGGAGGAAGAAGCUGAAGGAGAUCCAGAACAGGUUUGAGCAGGAGAGAGAGGAGCUCCAGAGCGAGAACGUGCGUCUGCAGAAGGCUCUGUCGGUGGAGGAGAGCUCCGUGUCCAGUGUGUUCUCCCUGCAGCAGCAGGUUCAGUCCCUGUCCCAUCAGCUCAGAGAGAAGAACUCGCUCAUACACUCACAGAACCAGCAGAUUAAGAAGCUCGGUGCCAGAUCACCGUCAGGUAACCAGAACCAGCCUCCCACCCAGGUUCCUGUUCAGGACUCACCAGUACCGGAGGAGGAGGAGGAGGAGGAGAGGAAGCGUCUGGAGGAGCAGAGGAGGAAACUACUGAGAGGGAAGGAGAACCUGAAGAACCUUAAACUGCUCCUACAGGAGAAACUGCAGGAGAAGCUGGAGGAGGUCGGCCUGAGGAAGGGUACUAAGGGAAUCUCCUCUCAGACCCUGAGCUCUCUGAACUCUCUCAUCUCCACUGAGCGAGUGAGGAACUUCAGGAGUCGCUCAGAUCUCCACAAUCUGAGGAGGAACCUGGAGAUCCAGCUCAACCAGCGAGUGAGAGAGCUGCAGAGCGCACCUAGCAACAUACACACCUCUGCUGAGGUGAGAAAGAAACUCCAGACUCCACCUGCGCUGCAGAACCCUAAACACAGACCCAUCACCCUGAAACCCCAAACCCCCCUGCAGCCCCCCACAGCUGCUCCACGCUCCACAGCUCCUCCACAGAGUCCAGGAGCACGGGUACAACAGAAGAGGACCAGCACUCCACCCUUCAGCGAUGAGGAUGAGGAUGAGGAAGAGUCGGAUGAGGACAGCGCUCACGUCACCAAACCCGUCCAACGUACGUCUACAACCAAACAACAGAAAGCAGAGAGCGACCUCGACUGGUCAGACAGCGACGAUUCGGACGCCUCAGACUCCCACACGGCACAUCGGGCCCCGAGUAAACAAGGUACAGUAGUUGAAACCCUGAGCAGGAGUUUGGAGAAGCAGCGGAGCAGCACCAUCACCAGACCUGCAGGAGGAGUACGGGUCCUACCUCCAAGCUCUCAACCUUCUCCACCACGCCCCUCCAUCAUGAAGCAGCACGCGGUGUCGGAGGACGAGAGCGAUCUGGAUCUGUCAUCUAUAGAGGAGCUCAUCCCUCUGCCCCCAGUCGGGCGUGGCAGCACGGACGUCUGCGCCACCUCCGGCACCAGCGUAUGGAGCUCGGUCGCCAGCCGACCCGGAGCCUGGUAAGAGGCUUCCAACACUAACGGGCGUCCAGUUACUUCUGAUAUCAAGCCUUAAAUACAGCUGAUUAAAUCACA